CGCCGCCCAGGAUCAAAGCGGUCAAGAACGGGCUGUCGCACAUGCCGAGCUCGACGCAUAAAAUGUGAUGAGACACCAAAUAAGUGCCUUAACUGCACAUCGACCGGCCGGCUCUGCGACGGCUACGAUUUUCACCGGCAGCUGCCUUAUCAACUCCCGCAACGGUUGAUCGUGGCCGCGCCGAUCGUGACCACUGUACCGUGGGCCAGCACCUCGGACGAGCGCCGCUGCUUUGCCUUUGUCCAUGCCCGGACGAUCCCUGACACGCUCAGCUACUUCGACUCGGUAGUCUGGCAGCGGUUUCUGCUGCAGAUGGUGCCGCGCGAACCGGCCGUCUGGCACGCGGUGGUCGCCCUGGGCGCCCUGCACCAGCAGAUCGAGACGGGGGGGCUGAUCGGCCGCACCCCCACGGUCUGGCACUGGUUGGCGAUCGCGCAGUCGGCGCGGUCGUUCGCCUGUCUGCAGCGCCGAAACCCCCAUGACCCGGUGAUGCGCAACGUGACGCUGCUCUGUUGCCUACUGUUCACCGUCAUGGACUUAAUACGGCAGGAGUACAAAUCCUCCCUCCAUCAUCUGCGGGCCGGCUUGCGGAUACUCCGCGAGACCGAGCAGCCAUCGCCGCAGGAGAGCCCCACGUCGGCAGACUGGAUUGCCACGUUUCGACAUUUAGAUACUCAGAUCGGAGUGGACGACCCCUCACUGUGGUGUUGGAGCGGAGAUCAAUCCGACCCAGUCGUUGUCCACCCGGAAAUCGAUCCAUGGUGGCGGCAACAACAGCAGCAGGAGUCGCCCGCCUCCUCCCUCCAUCAUUUGACAGGGUCAUCCAGCAAUCCUCUCUCUUCAGCCCGCCAGACCCUGGAGCCACUCUUCAACCGUCUCAACAAGUUCGCGCGGCGUUGCUGGCGUAUGUCCCCCGCCGAGAUCCAGGCCGCCCAAACCGCGCUAUCCGCGGAGCAGCUUGCGAUCGCGACGCAGCUGCGCCACGCCACGCGAUUUAUGCAGGCUUUCCGCCGCGAGGAGGCCCUCAGUCCGAAGCACCGGCGCGGAGCCGAGCUGCUCGAGCUAUGGGUGGCGUCCGUAUCGCUGGUUGUGCGCACAUGUCCGCACCAUCACGAUGCGGCACUGCUGCGGCGCUUCACCCCGCAGUACGGCGCACUGCUACGGCGAAUCCAGCAGUUCAUCGCAGACUUCCCGGAGCGACCAACGGUGACGGUCGACCUAGGCGUUAUCCGCAUGCUCUUCAUCGUGGGCGAUGGCUGCCAGGACUUCCGGCUCCGAUGGGAGGCGAUCCAGGCGCUACGAAACUGGCCGCACCAGGAGGGCCCGUUCUAUUCAGUCGGCAUGGCCGCCUUGCUG